GCCAAAAUUAAAGUUACAAGUGAGGCAUGCCCUAAGAGCUGUAGUUCCUUUUACUUCUAGAGAGUAACACUAAGUAUGAUCAUGCUCACAUUCGUUUCAGAAGAUCUCGAACGGUGAAGCAUAGUUUUUUCUAUACUCCUUACCUUUUAGAAGCUGCUCGCCGGUUCUUCUCCCGCAUGGCUAUCCUCAGUUCUUCAACUCACUCACAUAUGAAGCCGCCUCAUCUACACUUGAUCUCCCUCCUAACAUACGAAGAUGCAUUUCAACAUGGGCAAUAACAUCUCUCGAGCGCCAUAUACCAGUCAGAGCUCAGAGUCGGAGACUUUGUCUUCGGCAUUGAGCACACCUCGAUCAUGGAGUAUCUCGCCGCCGACAUCUCCCAACUAUUCCGAAGGGUCGGAAAGCAUUGGUGAAAACGACGCCGGUGAGGGUCGAUGUACCGCUGACACUGCGAUUCAUGCUUCGCUAGACCGAAAGAGUCUCGAAAUGACAGAGCGACAGGGCCGUUCGCGAGUCUUCGGAAUACCCUGGUCAGCAGAACCGCAGCUUAACAUAUCCGCAUCCAGUAGAAAACAGGACAUUCUUCAGGACAUCCGAACGAGGCGGAGCACAUUUCUGCUUUCGCACAUGGACAUCAUACUCCCUCUCCUUGGCCGCGCAAAGUCUUUUGAAAAGCUGGCCAACAGAAACAUUUCCGCACCUGCUAAAAUACUAGAAUAUGAAAGCCUUAGUGCGCAGCCCAGAGGCCUCAGAGCAGAGUUAAAGCCGUACCAGCUUGAGGGUCUGUCUUUCUUGGUGUACCUGUGCCGCAACGGCGCCGGUGGUUUUCUCGCCGACGAGAUGGGUUUAGGCAAAACGCUCCAGACCUUGAGCCUCUUCCAAUAUUUGAAAGAACGAGAUGGUGGACAUCCAAACAGCAAUGUGCCCUUUCUCGUCGUGUGUCCGCUAAGUAUCCUGGAAACAUGGUUAACAGAAAUCGAAAAGUGGACACCCGACCUUCGAGCAUUGAAAUACCAUGGCGGCUUCGAGCAACGGGACAUGGUGAAGAAGAUGGUAUCUGCACAGAAAAAGCCCAGUAUUUUCAAGAGUCCGACAGACAUUGUGGAUAUUGUGAUCACGACAUACGAGACUUUGAUCUCGGAGAUCAACUGGUUCUCAAGGGUCUUCCUUUGGCGAGGUGUCGUCCUUGACGAGGGCCACCGGAUUAAAAACAGUCGUUCGAAGAGAUCGUUGGUCCUUAAUCGCAUCAAAGCAGAAAUGAAGCUCGUGCUCUCCGGUACCCCGAUACAGAAUGACUUGAGUGAGCUAUGGUCGAUUUUCCAUUGGCUUUACCCAGAGAUCUUUGUGCCAGCCACGGAGAAGCUUUUCCAGGAAGCCUUCUCCUUGAGCGAUGGAAAAUUUGACCCUGCAUUUCUCGAAUGCGUCAAAGAUUUCCUGAGGGUGAUCAUGAUCCGAAGAACCAAGGAUACGCCCGGAGUUGGAUUGGAUAUUCCUCCAAAAAAAGAAACUGUCCUUUCGGUGCCUUUAUCGCCUGCACAGCGUUCGUUGUAUAUGAGGAUUCUUACAGGUGCAGAAACCUGGAAGUUGCCCUUGAAUGCCUCUGAUACCUUGCACAUUCAACUAGAUGGCCCCUUGUCUGAACAACUAGCAGUCGAAAAAACAUGUUCUAAGACAGUCAAUUCAGUGUCCGAGGGCUCUGCAAAGACGCCUGGGCCUGGAAAGUACCGUAUCACGGGAAAUAUUCUCAUGGAACUGAGAAAGUGCUCCAUUCAUCCUUAUCUUUUUGCAGACGCGAUUCCCAAUCCCUAUGAACUAGGCGAACACCUCAUCGAUCAAUCAGGCAACUCCUCUGUGGUUGUGUUCUUGGAUGAGGAUUGGAACCCUCAAGUGAUGCGACAGGCCGAAGCACGAGUGCAUCGAAUUGGACAAACCCGGCCGGUCGUGAUUUAUAAGCUCCGUUCCACAGGCACAGUUGAAGAGCAGAUGAGCCGACGGCUCGUCAAAAAAGCCUACAUCGCAGACAGAGUGACCGACAACAUACACACUCAUUGCCCCGGAAAUGAUUACCUCGAUAUGCUCAAGACUGAACAGGUGGGCAUGCCUCAGAACUCGACGGAUACAUUUGGCUUGCCUUCGCCCGUCUUCGUGGAUCAGACUUUCUUGUCUCAGAAACAAAUUGAUACAGACGAAAUGGUCCAGUGGGACAUGAGCACUAUUCUGAACAAGUGUUCAAGUACCCAAAAAGACGGAGGGCUCUCCGGAUGUCUCACCGUUGAACAGGAACAACUCUGGCUUGAGAAGGCCGACAGAGUCAGGACAAACCUGUUCAAUGGGAUGACGAUUGAUACAAGCGGACGCCACCUUACAGUAUAUGCUGAAGAAGAUAGCAGCAAUCUGCUCCGCUCUAAUCGUCGCAUUGGUAAGGAAAGGACGGUCAUGAUCGACGGCUAUGCAGUGAGCAAGGACAGCCUGAGUCCCUCGGUCGAAGAGCCGGCGUCCACUAAUAAGGAGUGUGCCUCACCCACGAACACCUUUACCCAUCAAAUAGUGAGUAGCGAUCCGAAUCAAGGAACAUCGCAUGCUAAUACAUCUCAGACGUGCUUCGUAUGUCAUCAGUUCAACGCGGAGGACUGCGACAUAUGCCCUCGUGCUUUUCACCCUGCUUGCCUUGGGAGCGUGAUCGACGAAGAACAUCCGAGUUCGGGAACUUCAAUUUGCCCCCAUCAUUAUUGCUGGAAAUGCCACAAGAAUGCAUCAGAAGCGGGACGCCUCUUGUUUUGCUGCAGACGAUGCGUGAGGGCAUUUUGCGACGAAUGCUUCUACUGGGACACGACCACUUUCGUCGGAGCAAACCCCGCGUAUGAGGCACUGGGGUACUUUUCCAAAAAUGCCUUCUACAUCGACUGUCUUAUCUGCAGGUGUGCCGAAAAACGCAAGCGUGCAUCAGAAACCGAAGGCUGCGCAGGAAAGCGAAGGAAGGUGGAAUGGUGCUUCUGUUUGCUUGCUGCUAGUCAUCGUACGGAUACCAAUGUUACCGUCUUGAUCUCUCAAGACCCAACUCCACUUUCGCACAUUUACUCGACUCGAAACAAAUCGGAUUGGAUCCUAUUUGUUCCCACUGUGCUGGGAUGCAACAGGUGGAAAGUUGAGAGAAGGAUAGCGGAUGAGGACAAAUACAAUGCUGGAGAGGGCAUUGGCCUCAUGACACAAACCAGCCCCGGACUGUACGACACCACCUCUCCGCUGUACAAGUCUCUAAUGGAAGAAUGGAUGGAAGCACUGUCCGCAGGCGUCUCAUGAAUCCUCCAAAUCCUCCGCACGCCACCUGAGAAUGCGACGGCGGCUCAAGGUACCCCACUGCGCUGCGGCAAGUGGCAAUCAAUAGCAAUGGUGUACAGGAGAAAACGCAUACCAAUGAAAAAAUGCGUCAGAUAUACACCUCUCCAGUGCAGAGCAAUACAAUAGCUGGGACCUAUAUCAUCAUCACUGCUUGCCUCGCCCGCCCAAUGCAUGAAAUACAUAGAAUACCAUAUAUGGCUCUGGCUUGUAUUUCUGGUAAGGGUAUCCGUACAGAAGCGGAAUUCUGGUACACCUGAGCGGGGCAAGCGGACCGAGCCGCCAGGGUGGAUAAAGUGCAAAUACAUCAUGGUACAAUUAAAGUCAGAAAAUUGUAAUUAUCAACUCAGUACUACAUGGUUUGAGCAAGUUCAUCCUGUCAUGUAUCAUGCUCAUUUACUGGCAAUGGC